AUGGUACGAGGUAUGGCAUCUUCAUGGCGACAUCCAACAUUGUCGUCAACGGUACCACAAUUAUCCACAAUUGCCACUCGUCGUCAUAUAUCAAUCAACCACAAAUCAAUACCACAAGAUUCAACUUCGUCAUCACAAUCACCUGAUGAAACUAAUGCAUUGAACAAGACAAUUACCGAUUCGGAAAACAUUGGUGGUCGAGUGACUCAAUUGAAACCGUAUCAGACUUUAGAAACCGCUAAAUUAGAAACUUUAGGUACACCACCUACGAUCUUGUCGAUUCAUUCACCACCUUCUGUCCCUAUUUAUUUACGUCGUGGGUCAUUGUUAUCGAUAUAUGGAUUGAAAUCAAGCAACAACAACAACACCAACAGUAGUAGCAGCAGCAGCAGCAACACCCCUGCUACUGGUAGUGUCAAUAUUGACGAUGGACCUAUAAUUCGAAACACGAUAGAGUACCCGCACUGGUGGAAACAGUUAAUCCUCACUGGUAAAUUUCAAAGUUUUCAAAAAUUGAUUUCAACAAUUCCCAUAUCUUUAUUAAUCAGUAGUCAUAACAAAUCAUCAGCCAAAGCAACAACUGAUUCAUCAUUUGUGAAUUUGGUACUUGAUGGACUGAAUGAUUGGGCAAUUUUAAACAAGGAUGCAAUUCAAGUCUACACGGGAAAUUCAUUAUCCAUAAGUGUUCACAGUAUACCACGUUAUAUAUCCAAGAAAUUAACCAAGCAAUUGGGUACGGCCACUACUAGUGAUACUGCUACUAGUGGUACUAGAGGGCUUGGCUCUGUAUUUGGAUUAGGUAAAGGUACUGCUCGAGUUGAGACUGGAUUACGAGGUUUAUGGAAUAGAGGAUACACUUUGCUUAGUGGUAGGGGACAAGUUGGACUCGUGGGGAAUGGGGGCAUUUAUCAAUUGGAUGUUGGUGAACAAGAAGAAGUUUUGAUUAAUAAACGAGCCAUAUUGGCAAUCACGGUGAAUGGACCUUUUGAUUUGGAAAACUGUGUGAUUAAAGAUACAUCAACUGUUUCAUCACAACAGAGUUUACCUCCUUCAUCAUCAUCACUGUUGCAACUAAAUGCAAAAUCUAAGAAACAGGUAACAAACAAGGCAAUUGCACACCCACAAUCACCCCCUACAUCAUCGACUAUAGCAUAUCACCAACUCAAACACUACUGGUCUCGAGCUUCCCAAUGGACCAAAUCGCUCAUAAAAUACUUAUAUCAAACUUAUCACAAUUUACAAACAAAAUGGACCACCUACACACUAGGAACAAGUGACUUUGUUAAAAUCAUUGGACCCAGAAAUAUACUCAUUCAAUCUAGUUACAAUAUACCCAAGCAAAGACAACAAAUACAACAGAAACUGCAGCUGCAUCUGCUUUCAAACAGUCAUAGUGACUCAGUGACCCCGUUCACUGACUCCGAGAAGAACCCACAAGACUACUUGAGUUAUGUCACUAUUGAUCCCAAAAAGGGAGCUGUUUUCUCCAACACUCCAAAUUUCAAACAAACGGUUGAUGAAAUUGAACGCAAACUGAAUUGA